UCCGAUAUGAUGGAGAGAUGUUGAACGUUUGUCUUCUUCUACUUCAGAAAUGGGCUCACCGGCCUGAAGUCUGAAUCUUGCACUAUGGCAACACAACUUUAAAUUAAGACCAGAAAUGUAGAGAAUAAGGAUGCCUCGAGAGACUAAGCCAGAUGAAUGGGUUGUGCUGGUGUUGCGCCGCUUCCAGCAACAGUUACCAUUGGAAGGGCCUUUACCAAAGAGCGGCAAUGAAAGCAGAGAGCAGAUUAGUGACUGUCUGGUGCAUAUUAGUGACCACAAGUUCAUUAGUGUGGUGUCUGGGCUGGCAAGAAUGAUUAAAGAACCGCAGUUCCUGUCUGCUAUGAGCUCAAAUAGAAUACAACUUGCUUCAGAAUCCAAUGUGAUCAUAAUGAAAACACUUGUGAAAUGUUUCGAAAAGAAUCCUCAGCAAUGUGCUGCAUUACCAGAUGAAGUUCUUCUAAAAAUUCUUUUACCAAGUAUUUGCCAGUUUGUCACACAAGCUAGUGGUAUCCCAUAUGAAGCAGAGCAGAAGGACGAGGCUGCCAAAAUACUUUCUCACAUCAGCAAGUACCAUUUUUCUGUGCUCUUUAAUCGUAUUGCGAUAAGACUUCAUGUGUUAGCAAAUUCUGAAGACAAUUCUGAUACUGGUGAUCUGGAGCUGAUUAAACACCUAAAUGUCACCAGUUCUUCACUGAAAAUUCUUCUUCAAGAGGGAAUCAAGGUGUUCAAAAAUCUAAAGAAGCCAGGCCAACUUGCAUUUGUUGCUGGUCUUGAUAAAGCUAUUUGGAACUGGGUUGAAAACACUCCUGAAGAAUUUGCUGAGCUACAAAGACAACCAUCAAGAGAGCUUUCAGAUUUUGCAGAGAGGCUUUUCGAUCUUGUUGACAACUUUGCCGAAAACUCGAAGAGAAAAGCUGCUGUCUGGCCAUUGCAGACCAUGUUGCUUAUUCUUUGUCCUACUCUUUUGCAAGAAAUCGCUACAUCGGAAACCGUCACAGACAGUUACAAAGUCAACAAGAAAGAGUUUUUAGACAACCUAAAGAAGGCAUUAACCAGCACGAAGACCCUGAGCGAGAGUGCUGCAGUCUCCUCUGUCAAGUUAUGUAAAGCAGCAAGCUACAUGCGGCCUGAGGAUAACUCUGUUCUUUGUUUCCUCGUAUUAACCAUCCUUAAUGAACUCAAGGCUUUACUCUUCAACCUCAACAAACCGUUCAGCCUUGGUUCUGGUAGUAUUACCUCCACAGAAGAUCUGAUGGUGGACUGUUUUGUAUCCAGCUUCAGGAACAAUUAUAGAAAUAUUCAACACUUUGAACCGUGUCUCUUGACCACUUCGCCUGUUAUAUUCAACCUAGUGUCUGUAAAGAGUAUCUAUCUUAUCGUUACUGAGGCUGCUCUUGGUUGGUGGCCUAAAGCAGACGUACUGUACCCUAAAUCACAGCAGAUCCGUGCAAUAUUCUUGCACGUUCUGAAUAAAAUACGAACUGCUGAGCAAGAGGCACAGCAAUCGAGACUAAGUCAGAUUUAUAAAGUGAAAGAGAUUCACAAAAGAGGUCAUCGAGAGUCGGAUGACAUGCCCGCAGGAAGAAGAGACAAAGAGUUGUUAUUGUGUCUGGUUAGGUUGUUCUACGCUGAUCCUGUUUUUGCUUUCCACAACCAAGACACACCUGGUUGGGAAAUCCAGAAGAGCUCGUCACAAAUCAUCAUGGGUCUUGUUGAUCUUGUCCUCAAAAAGUCCUCGUGUUUUGAUAUCAGAGAAGAAGCUGCCAAGACACUAUAUCGCUUCUUCCAAGCAGAAAUCGUCGAAAUGUGGAAUCCUGUAGCACCUUUAGCCACUUUCUGGGAGAUUAGUUCCCACGUGUUCUUUGCCAUCUGUGAAAUACUCAUCAAUCAUGGCUCACACAGCACUAGAUUAUUAAAAUACCUGAAGGAUCUUAUUCGGUGUAAAAAUGAAUUCCUAAGUAGGCACAAGGAACAUGCAUCUACUGGCUGCCACAUACCAGUCUGUUCUCUGGCACACAAUAAGCUUGAGGAAGCAUUUCUCAGCUACUUAUGGAGCUCAGACAUCGAGGCAGCGUUGUUGGCUCUGUCGUGUUUCGGACACUUGUGUGAAGAGAUGGACAUCCUGCAAAGCUCAGAAAACCUUAACGAGCUUCACAACUCGGGUAACAUGAAUGUCAUGACUGAACUGGCUGCUGAAGCAACGAGAUUCACUGCAGGACGUGCUGCUCUUCAGAAGAAAAUCAUGGCAUUGUUACGACAGUUUGACCGGCAAACACCAGGCAAUGUACAGGCCUGGGAAAACACCUACACGAGGUGGCAAAGACUUACAUACGGACUGACGAACUAUGGUAAAGAGGACAGUGGAAGUAUGGCUGUCCAAUACCUUUCGUCUGUACGCAAGAGAACUGGCUCUAGUUUGACGAGGUUGGCCACUAAAAAUAUUGAGGAGUCUUUGAAUGAAUGGACUUACAUGACGGGAUUCCUGUGUUCUCUAGGAGUGGUGUGCCUGACAACACACCAGACAAUCAGGAGAUACAGCCGUGCAUUACCAUCAGCCGUACCGUCUGGCAGCACCGACACCCAGGGGAAAGACAACUCAAACGUAGCAAGAUUUCUCAAAGACAUGCUUAGCCUUCUCGUCUGCAGUAACGAAAAACACGGAGCCAAGAUACGCAAGACUGUAAACGAGCUGAUCGGAACACAACUGAGUUCAACGUUGUACCCAAUCCUAUUUGAAGAAAUCAAGAAUGUCUUGAAGAAGUUUUUCAAUGCUGGUGGUCAGGCCAUUUUACAGGACACUAAUACAUUGUUCGUGGAUCAGGUGAUCACUAUCAUGAGACACAUACUGGACAACAAGGGAAAGAAAGAGGGCUUCCAACCUGGAAGUAUUGAGGCCAUGAUACUCACCUUAGUAAGAUAUGUUCGUAACCUACCACUGAGCUCUCAGUCACUUCAGAUUAAGACAAAGCUCUGCAACCUUGUUGAUUUGGUAAUGACCAGAAGAGAGGAACUGCUCUUCCACCAAGAAAUGAAGUUCAGAAACAAACUCGUUGAGUACUUAACCGAUUGGGUUCUACACUCCAGUGACACGAGUGAACACAUGCCAAAGGAUUUGGUCUCAUUAUCUAGUGAGCUUGAUGCUGCUGUGAUUCGUGCUAUUGCAUCCCUGUUGGCCAAUCUUCCACUACAGCCGGAAGGUGUAGAAGCUGACAUCGUUGAGGCCAAAUCCCAGCUCUUUCUAAAGUACUUCACCUUAUUUAUGAACCUAAUGAGCCGAUGUAAAGAACAAUACAUUGACUCCCAAGGCCGUGAAGGACAGCCAUCGCUCUCAGCAGCACAUUCCAUUCAUCAGAGUACCAUCCUGGCGAUGUCCAAUCUACUGAACGCUAACAUUGAUACAGGGUUAAUGUAUGCUAUAGGCCUUGGUUAUCAUGAGGAUCUACAAACGAGAGCAGUUUUCAUGGAAGUCUUGACGAAGAUCUUACAGCAGGGAACAGAAUUUGACAAUCUAGCAGAUACAGUUCUGAUGGACCGAUUCGAUAGACUGGUUGAGUUGGUGACAAUGGCUGGUGAGAAGGGCGAAUUGCCCAUUACUAUGGCACUAGCAAGUGUGGUUCCCUCACAACAACUGGAUGAAUUAGCUAAGGUUUUGGUGACUCUGUUUGAAGAUAGACACAUGCUUCCUCAGCUACUCAAAAACAUCUUUUCCCAUGAGGUUAGUAAUGCCGAAUCCAUGCAGAUUUUAUUUCGUGGUAACAGCUUGGCCAGCAAAGUCAUGACAUUUUGUUUCAAGAGUCAUGGCAGUAACUACCUGCACACCGUCCUUGGUCCACUAAUAGUCGAUAUGUAUAAAGAACAGACAGUAUAUGAAGUGGAUCCUGACAGAAUCGCAAAGAAGGACGAUCUGGAGAAAAACCAAAGAAAUUUGGUCAAACUUGCUCAAGCAUUUGUGAAUAAAAUAACCUCUUCAGCUAACAGCUUACCCAUGACUCUUCGCGGUGUCUGCUGUGUGCUGAAAAAGAUCGUACAUCAAAGAUUUCCUAAAAACAGUCUAGCUGCAGUUGGCAGCGCCAUAUUCCUACGUUUCAUUAACCCUGCAAUAAUUUCCCCGCAUCUUUUUGGUAUCGUGGAUGAACCACCGACAGAGAAUGUCAGAAGAGGACUGAUGAUGCUCUCUAAGAUCUUGCAAAACUUGGGCAACCAUGUUCUGUACAUGAAAGAGAAAUACAUGGAGCCUUUCAAUGGAUUCUUGGAGGCAAACUUCGACAAAACAAAACGAUUCUUUGAAAACAUAUCAGCAGAAAUCCCUACCAAGCCAAGCGAUGAGAGCACGUAUUCAUUCCUCAGCGACAGCUGCGUGAUAACUCUGCACAGACUAUUAUGGGAUAACGAAGAAAAGAUUGGCACCUGUCUUGCUACGAGAAGGGAGUACAAAACGUUUGGGCGAAGACCCUUCGAGAAGUUAUCUACGCUGCUUGCUCAAGUCGGGCCUCCCGACCAGCAGAAGUUGGCGUCAUUCAAUAAAAAGUGGCAAGAUGGAUCGCGAUUUGAGGAGUUCAUGGCCAGGCAUGCUGAAGGAAGCCAAGAUGAUUUACAUAUUAUUCGAUCACAAAACGUCUUCUAUCAGGGAGGCAAGUCCAAGGCAGGCAACCCGGUGUUUUAUUAUAUUGCACGAAGAUUCAGACCAGAUCAAAUGAAUGAUGAACUUCUCAUAUACCACGUGCUUCUUCUACUGGAACCUUUUACCGGCAGGCCCUGGGAACUAGUAGCUGACUUUACACACACUGCGCUUGAGAACAGGUUCAAGCCUACGACUAUCAUCAAGUUCCUUACUGUAGUGCCCAAAGGAACUCUAGACAACCUUAUAUCCUUCUACUUGUACAACUGCAGCUCAUCCCUCAGACAGUACACCAAGUAUAAUGAGCGACUGUUUGCUCCACUUAAGGGUCGAUCGAGUGUUCGUGUGUGUGAGAGCCUUAGCAAAAUCCAUGAAUACAUUAAAGAUGAGGAACUCAAAUUACCAGGAUCGACAACAUCACUAGAAGAAGACCUCAAGGUGUGCACAGCUUUUCGUCUGUCUACCAGAAGUAAUGUUCAGAUCAAGGUUGGUCCCAUGUCAGUUCAGAUAACGACUCUUGAAAGACAUAAAGUACUUGGUUACUCGACGAUACUCAACGAUGUCUACUACGCGUCAGAAGUCAAAGAGGCAGUAGUUGAGGACGAGAACACAUUUGUUCUCAAGUUCGUGAAUGGCGGCCCCGGGAUCCUGUUGAUGAGCAACGAAUGUGAGGAGAUAGUACAAGCUGUCAUGCACGUCAAAACAAGAUGGCAGCUAUCACAACCGGACGCCGCAACAUCCACUAGCAAAAAGAUCAAACCCAAAGACGUACCAGGAACACUUCUGAAUAUGGCCUUGCUCAACCUUGGCUCAAGGGAUCCCAGCCUCCGUCUCGCUGCAUAUAACCUGYUGUGUGCUGUCACUAAAGCCUUUAAUCUGAAAGUCGAAGAAAGAUUACUGGAAGGAACAGGUCUCUGUAUUCCAGCCAAUAACACUAUUUUUAUCGUGGGAAUCAGUGAAAAACUUGCUGCAAGAGAACCCAAACUGACAUUAGAGUUCUUAGAAGAGUGCAUMAAUGGUUUCAUGAAGUCCAAUACUGAACUCAAACACCUGUGUCUGGAGUACAUGGCGCCAUGGCUACCCAACCUGACGCGGUUCUUGAAGUUCCCUUCUAAGGAUGCGCAGAGAAUCAAAAUGAACAACAUCCUCGAAGAACUUAUUAACAUCACUGUAACAGAACGAGGGGCAAUGAAUCCAUCAGUGCAAGCAAAUAUCUGGGGCAUGAUUGGUAAAGUCACCGAACUACUGGACACUGUACUAGACAGUUUUCUCAAAGCGAGUGCUGCUGGUGGUCUUGGGUCCAUCAGAGCMGAAGUUCUUGCAGACACCGCUGCUGCUCUGGCUUCUGCAAACGUUAAAGUUGUAUCRAGUAAAAUUAUAGGAAGACUUCAUACGCUGGUUAGCAAGACUUUUAUUUCCCCAACUCUCCGUCUGGAGCAGCACUUGAUGUGGGAUGACAUUGCUAUCUUAACAAGAUAUCUUCUAAUGCUCUCCUUUAACGAUUGUCUGGACGUGGCAAGUCACAUUCCUUAUUUAUUCCAUCUGAUUACACUCCUCGUGUCCACUGGCCCACCAACCAUACGAGCGUCAAUUCAUGGUCUCUUGAUUAACAUCAUCCACUCCCUGUGUACAUGUACCUGCAUCAAGUUUAGCAACGAAACACAAACACUUCUUCGCAUGAGACUGGCUGAAUUGUCUUCUCCAAAAUUUUAUCUUCUUUUCGGUAUUUCUAAGAUCAAGGCACCCGCUGUCAAGGCAUUCAAAGCGACUCAUCGCGGUCAGAGAUUCUAUCUACGAGAAAGUGAAGGGGAGAUAAUGAGUAUGCCGGCGAUGGAAACGGUAACAGACGUACUGCUUGAGAUCAUGGAGACGUGUAUGAGAGACGUACCGGAGAGUACGUGGUURAAGAAAUGGACAGAGCUCGCAACAGACUUCGCCUUCCAAUUCAAUCCWGCUUUACAACCAAGAACUAUAGUCGUACUUGGAUGCAUCAGUAAGGAGGCUGAUGAUACUAUGGUUCAACGGAUUCUACACGUCCUUAUAGUAGCCCUCAGUAACUACACAGACCUAGUGCUAAUUGAAUCAGCUGUCAUGUGUCUCAAUAGAGUUCAGGCCAUACUAGGCAAGGAAUCUAAAUUCCACAAGGCAUUCUUCUGGGUCGCAAUAGCUGUCUUACAGUUAUCAGAGCUCUCCUUGUACCCGUGUGGCCUGGCUUUAUUAGAGCAGAGUCUCCUAACACUUGACUCACAUGGAGCAUUCGAAACACAAUCGAUGCAAGAGGCACUGAUGGCCGUCAGGAAAGAACCGUUACUAGAGUUCCACUGCAAACAGAUGGACCAUUUUGUGGGUGUCAGUUUCUAUGGUAAUUUCCACUUUGCUUUAAUGGGGCAUCUUGUCAAAGGUGUUUAUCAUCCGCAAGCAACAACAGCGGCUCGAGCAAUCCGUAUCCUGAACUUGAUGUUGGACAUCACUAGCAAGCACAAACARUGUAGRAACAAGUUUGCCGUGACCAAAGAAAACCUAGCAUACCUUGCAGCCUUAAUACCUGUAUCAGAGGAUAUCCGUAGUAGACUGAAACCAGGCAAUACCCCUGAGACACCAGAACCCAUGCCUCUGGGACACGCCUCAAGGUCCAAGAUAGAAAUCACCCCAGGAUCAACACUGUCGGUGGAUAGUCGUGUGUCUAUCGUUAUUACUCCUUCGCAAUCACCAUUAGCUGAUGAGGCACCUCCUGAGGGACAAGCUUUUGAAUGGCCUUCAGAGUGCCAACAUAUGCUACUUGAUCCUGGGAUUGUUAACGACAACCACACACAGGCAUUGUUGCUUACUACACUGGUAAUAUUACUUGAGCACACAACUGGUGAUCAAGAGGUACAAUACUUGUAUCAACUAUUAGCUGAAGCAAGUCUUGUGUUUCCUAAAGUCUUUCCUGUUGUGUAAGUAUUAUUAUGUGCUUUAUUAGUGUUUUUUAGUUUUCUUUGGGAGGGUCAGUAUCUGCAGCCACAACAACAACAGUAACAAUUAC